GGAAGGACAGAAGGAGAGAGCAGAAGACUGAGGAGAAGGUCGGCUCUCGACCAUGGAGACUUCACCACAGAGAGCCACAGAUAAAAAAGACAAAAUGGACGGUAGCGGAUUCACCGACCUCCCAAAGAAACCCUCACCCUCAGAGACCAGAGCCCCCCACCACAUCUUCCCAACCUUCCACACGCCGAUCCCGAUUGACAUGCGCCAUCACGAGGGGCGAUACCACUACGAGCCUCACGCACUCCAUGCCAUGCACAGCCCUGCAGGUUUGGCCGGCAGCCCCGUCAUCUCCGACAUCUCCCUGAUUCGCCUCUCGCCAGCUGCAGUGGCCACGGGUGACUCUCCCUUCAGCCCGCCUCACCCCUAUGUCAGCCCUCACAUGGAGCACUACCUGCGCUCUGUGCACAGCAGCCCCACCCUAUCCAUGAUCUCAGCGGCCCGAGGACUCAGCCCUGCGGACUUGGCCCACGAGCAUUUGAAAGACCGUGGGCUGUUUGGACUUCCUCCUCCUCCACCUGGAGCCAGUCCGGCUGAGUAUUAUCACCUAAUGGCGAGCCACCGGAGCCCCUAUAGCGAGCUGCUCAUGCAAGGGGCCGGGGCCACGGCGGGGGCCCACCUGUCUGACUACAUCGCUCCCAUUGAUGUGUCGCGGUUCUCAAGCCCCAGACUGACACCGCGGCUCAGCAGGAAAAGGGCGCUGUCUAUCUCGCCGCUGUCCGACGCCAGCAUCGACCUCCAGACGAUGAUCCGCACCUCGCCCAACUCCCUGGUGGCAUACAUCAACAAUUCACGCUCCAGCUCGGCCGCCAGCAGCUCCUACGGACACCUGUCGGUCGGCGGGCUCAGCCCGUCCUUCCCCUUCCCUCACCCCAUCAAUCCCAUGGCCUACCAGCAGCUCCUCUCCCAGCAGCGAGGCCUCAGCGCCUUCGGCCACACUCCGCCCCUCAUCCAGCCGCCGCCCACCUUCACCACCCGCCAGGGGGCCCUCGGCCUCUCCUCGCUUCCUGCCUCCACCCACAACAGCGACCUGGUAUCCAAGAACCACAGAGGCGACUCGGCCGUCAGCAGCACAGUUGACCCCAUGAACACCAAAAGGUCAAAGGUCAAGCCUGAAGCAGAAGGACUGAGGCCAUCGUCUCCCUGUUCACCGAACCAUCACAGUGGCUUGUUGGACCUGAAGGAUGACGUGGAUCGGGACGAUUGUAAGCAGGAGCCCGAGGCUGUUUACGAAACCAACUGCCACUGGGAAGGCUGCACCAAAGAGUACGACACGCAGGACCAGCUGGUCCACCACAUCAAUAACGACCACAUCCACGGAGAGAAGAAGGAGUUCGUGUGCCGCUGGGAGGACUGUUCGCGGGAGCAGAAGCCCUUUAAAGCUCAGUACAUGCUGGUGGUUCACAUGCGCCGACACACGGGGGAGAAACCACACAAGUGCACGUUUGAGGGAUGCUCUAAGGCCUACUCCCGCCUGGAGAAUCUAAAAACCCACCUGCGCUCGCACACCGGCGAGAAGCCAUACGUCUGCGAGCACGAAGGAUGCAACAAAGCCUUUUCAAACGCCUCGGACCGGGCCAAGCACCAGAACCGGACGCACUCGAACGAGAAACCUUACGUAUGUAAGAUCCCCGGGUGCACCAAGCGCUACACCGAUCCCAGCUCUCUCAGGAAGCACGUGAAGACAGUGCACGGCCCUGAGGCCCACGUCACCAAGAAGCAGCGCAGCGACCUGCCACCCAGACCACUGCCACCCCGGGAGAACAGCGAGAAUGAGACGGGUCCAAGAGAGCGAACCCACAGGGAAGACAAAAUAUUGGAUAACAGCUCCCCCAGAGGUGUGGAGGACUACCUGCAGGUCAAAUCCAUCAAGACAGAAAACUCUAUGAUGUAUCAGUCCAGCCCUGGCGGUCAGUCAUCAUGUAGCAGCGAACCAUCACCACUUGGCAGUGCCACCAACAAUGACAGUGGAGUAGAGAUGGCGGCGCACAGCGGGGGGAGCCUAGGGGACCUCAGCACCCUGGAUGACCUGCCGUUUGUGGAGUCCUUGGGCUUUGAAGAUUCCACCAGUGGGGUCGCAGCGGUGGGUCUUCGCUUUAGAAAGCAAUUCAGCACCAGCCAGCGCCUGGAGCAUCUCAAGAAGGAGAAACUGAAGACAGUGAGGGACUCCUGCCAGUGGACCAACAACCCAACACCACCUGUGGUCCUCGGGACGAAGCUCCCACCCAUACUGGCAGGCAGUUCCCUCCUGGAGAGCCAAAAUAUGGGUGGGGGUCCGGCGUCCUUCCCUGGUUCUAGCUUUGGUGAACUGAGCUCUAGUAAAAUGACUGUGCUAGAAAACCUUUCCGAGAGACGUGAUAGCACUUCCAGCACCUUGAGCUCAGUCUACACCCUCAGUCGCCGCUCCUCAGGCAUCUCCCCUUGUUUCUCCAGUCGGCGCUCCAGCCAGGCCUCACAAUUUGGUGCCAACCGCCCCAGCAACAUCAGCUCUGCGGACUCCUAUGACCCCAUCUCUGCCGACAUCUCACGGCGUUCAAGUCAGGCCAGUCAGUGUGGUGGGAGUGGCGGAGGAGCAGGAGUGUUUGGAGCAGUGGGUCUUCCCAGCCCUCUGAGCCUGACCCCAGCCCAACACUACCGUCUCAAGGCAAAAUAUGCAGCUGCCACUGGGGGCGUACCACCUACACCUCUACCAUAUAUGGACCAAAUGUGUCUGCAAUCCCAUGCAGCCCUGUAUGAGGACUCCCAGAAACCCUCCACCAACAAAGGCCUACCUUUCAGACAGUACAGCAGCUAUGCCACAAGAAGUUUGAUGCCCCACGAAGUCCCAUCUAACAUCCCCCGUCGAGCCAGUGACCCUGUGAGACAGGUUGCCCCAGAAACUUUAAACCAGUCGCAGUUGCACCGCUACAACAGCAUGGGCACGCUGAGUGGAAGGGUGACAAUCCAGCCUUGUCCACCUCCUGCAGCAGAUCACCGACGUUUAUCUCAGCAAGACUGUCAUCGAUCAGAUGGAGGUCUUCACCGUUACCCUUAUAGUCUGCGACCACCAAGCAUUUCAGAGAAUGCUACCAUGGAGACAACAAGUCACAUCCCUGAUAAUGGAGACAAGACAAAUGAAGAUUUCCAAGGAGCCUCGGCUAUCCAGCAGCAGCACUUCAGUCAGAGAAGGAUGGCUAUUGUGAAUCUGCUCUCACAGAUUUUACCCACUUCGAGGAAUAGUCCAGGUCAACAGCAACGGAUGUGUCCACCUUCGCCAUCCAAUGUUCCAGCAAGUUCAGGACUCAUGGAUGCCUCCCAGGAGUACUCCAGACUACAGGUUCGAGGGAACCUGGCUGUGCUCCAGCAAAACCACAAUUUUGGAUCUCUUAGCAACCAUUUCAGCUCCAACCAGCAGUUGAAUCAGAACCUCACAAUGCAGCAGAGGUACAUUCAGCUGAACUCCGAGCCAGGAGCAAACUGCCUCCAGCAACAAGGAUUCCAGCAGCCAUCGAAUCUCAAUGAAGCCCUGUUAAAUGAAGUCAUCCAGCCCUAUGACAGGAAUGGUAACACCACCUAUAAGCCUUGCAUUAACACCAUUAGUGGGAGCAACUGCAAACAGGAGUCAUGUGACAUGGAGACCUUUGACUUGCACUUUGCUGAUGCUGGAUUUCAGCCUGUGCAGAUAAAAAUUGAACACACUGACACAUCAAUAUGUAACAUGAACUCCCCAAAUCCCUCACAAGUUGGAAAUCAGAACAAUUUUCAGCCAAGGCCACCAACCGAACCAAGAUCUCUGAACAAGAACCCUUCAGUUCCAAAAGUUACGCAGCAAAUGAUGCAAGCUGCUAAUGCUAACUCCGAAUUAUCCACUGCUGGAGUUUUAGGACUUCACCGCAGCAAUAAUGCUAAUGACAAUGCCUUGUACUACACAGGGCAGAUUCAAGUAUAUGAGCCUAAUGGUAAUGUAAACUGUAACAAGGUGGUGCCUCCCACUUCAAGCGCCAAUCAGACGGCAAGAACCAGUGACUGUACCACAGCACUGGAGCAGGCACAAAUAGACUUUGAUAGCAUGCUGGAUGAUGGGGAUCACUCCAGCCUCAUGUCGGGAACGCUAAGUCCAGGUCUGCUCCAGAGUUUGUCCCAGAGCUCCUCUCGCCUCACGACGCCCAGGAACUCGGUCACGUUGCCUUCGGUGCCUGCGGGGACAGGGAACAUGGCCAUCGGGGACAUGAGCUCACUGCUGACUGCUCUAGCAGAGGAGAGCAAGUUCCUCAACUUGAUGUCUUAGCCUCAAACUGUGUGCAGACAUUUUGAACCCCUGAUGCAGAAUAACCCUUCAACCCUGCAGUUGGAAUUGAUGUGAUUGUGAGCUGAAAGCUUCUGUAGCCUGCCUGUUGUUUCCUUGUACAGUCUUGUUUAUGAAUUAUUUAAAAUGGCAGUUUUUUUAGUCUUUUCAAAAAGCCAUAUCAUUCUUUUUUUUUUUUUUUUUGCCUUAGGUAGCAAAAAUGAUGAACAAGGGAGUUUAUUCAGUUGUUGUACAGGUCUGCAGUAAGAUCAGUUUACUAAGUG